GAAUCUUCUCCCACAGUCCUCGGCGGUUGAAAAGUGACCUCUGCUGCUAACGUUAGCUGUUAGCCUGCUGGAUAACUAUGGCUCCUCCAGUUGCAGUGUCGCCUUUGAUUAAGACAGCAAGAUAUUCAGCUUUGAUUGCUGGAAUCAUCUAUGGCAAAAGGAGAUAUGAUCACCUGAAGCCUAUCGCGGCCGAGGAGCGAAGGAUUGAGGAGGAGGAGAAAAAGGUUCGCGAGGAGCAGGAGCGCAUUGCCAAGCAGCUAGCCGAAGCAAAUGACGAUACCAUUCUGAAGUAGAGCUGGCAUGCUCUGUGAGGAUUUCCAUGUGCAAUUUCCAACCUCUCCUCCUCUUCCGGAGUAACGACGGCAAAGUCGGGUCACAACCAGUCAGACACUCCCAUGUCGUGGACGUGUUCACUGUUUCCUCUCUGGACCACACAGCGAUUUUAAGUUAGUUACGCAAUAUGAAAUAAGACUCUUAACUCAGCACUGUUGUUGCAUCAUAAGUUAUUAAAUUUGUAAUGAAGCAGUUCCAUAAAUCCAAACAUACAUGAUCACUGUCUUUGUCUUUGAUUACCUGCAUGUGACAUCUCCUGUGUUCUCCCUCAGCCUGGAACAGGUGUGACAGACGUUCUAUUAAAAUGAUGAUGAAUUAUUUUGCAAUCCAGAGUUUUGUUCAUGUUAGUCAUCAUAUGAAAUGAUGAAGUUUUUCAGCUGUUGCUGUAGAAUCAUGUUGGCUGGCUUCAGAUUCGACGCCUUUCCUGAUCACAUGUACAAUCAGAUCUACUUUAUUUUGUCUUUGAUCAUGUGAAAACUCUGAAUUAGAAACAUGUAAUGUGCUGAUCUUAUUAAAAGACGAAGGCGUGGAAGCGUCACAAGAAUAAAUUCUAAUGAAAGCUGAUUAA